AUGACCGCCAGUACCCAACUCAGCAAUCUCAGGAUGGAGCUCCUAUUCAGUAAUCAUCCCAAGGACAGUCAGGAAUACCAAGAACUCGCGCAAGAAGUUCAAGAGGCACGAAGGAUGGUGUGCGACGCACAGGCGGCAUACCAGCAAAUGCAACACCAAGUCACCCUGGCGCUCCGACAAGCAAGUCCCGUAUACCUGCAGCAACUGGCCCAUGACGGUCCAACCAUCCCCAAUGGCAACAAUGCGAGCGGUGCCGCAGAUAACGCGAUGGACGAACGUGAAGAAUCCGGAGGCUCGCCGAGCAAGCGCGGACGACACAAUCAAGAAGGUGACAUGCACACGACAAGCCCCCAGCCACAGAGUCGCAGCGAGCAUGAAGGAAUGUCUAUAGUAAGUGACUGGUGGCAGGUUCUCCAACACCGCUCGCCUGAUGAUACAAUCACCACCGCAGGAUUCGUGA